GAGACCAACACAGGUUGUUAGGGCACGGACAUCCAUUCAUUUCACAGGGCCUCUCCUAGUCUAGGAGUGUGUCCAUGGUCUUUCCUGUUCUGCCUGCAGUCUCGAUGUGAGCUCUGCCUUGGAUAGACACUGCUGAAUCUGUAAGAGAUGUCACUGCCACUACCACCCCAAAGCUUCAAACAAGAGACUAAGAAAUCUCAGUCUAGCAAAAUUGUGUUCAAUGAUCAUGGCCAAUCUGAAAAGAGAGGGGAGAAUUACCAAGCAAAGAUUACUCCAUCUUCACCUCAGUGGCCACUCAAAAAAAGGUCAGCUCUGGAAGAUCUCACCAAUGCUUCUGAAAGUCAGCCUGCCCAGUUCAAGAAAGAAGCCAAUAAGGAAUUUGUUAAAGAUGUUUCCAAGAAGAUAAACAGGAACACAACUGCUCUUGGCUUGACUGAAAACAAUGAGAUGAAUAUAAAAAAGUAUAAACUGGAACCCUUACCAGUAGCAAUCUCUACCACCAUGAUAUCAAACAUUGUGGAUAAACUCAUUCUGGAGAACUCUACCACCUCCCAAACACUCACUACUGAGGAGGCAUCUCUUUUCAAAAAGCCAUUAGUUUUAAAAGAGCAACCCACUAAUAGGGACAUAAUCCUCAUCAAGAGGUCAUUAUCAUUAAAGAAGCACACAAAUCAGGGAGAGAUGGCCCUAUUGGAGAAGCCACUAUCCUUACAGGAGGAGACUGACAGUGGUGAUAAGUUUGUUGUAGAGCCAAUGACUUUUGUGAAAAAGCAUAAAACCGAAGAGGCAGCCAUCACUGAGAGGGCAUUUUCCUUAAACAAGAUGUGUGCAUAUCAGGGGAAGCAGUCCUUCUGCGGGGAGGAGUUGGCCUUGCAGGACAUUAAUGUUGAAGAGGAUUCCUUCUUUAUGGAGCCCAUGAAUUUUACAAAUAAGCCUAAAACUGAGGAGGCAACCUCCACCAAGAGGCUAUUAACUUUAAAGAAGAAGUGUACCACUCAGGGGGAGAUGUCCCAUAAGAAGCCACUAGUAUUGCAGAAGACCACUUCUGGAAAGAAGUCACUCAUUAAGGAACUACUGUCCUUUAAAGAGAAGCCUAGCACUGAGGAGUCCCUUUUCCAAGAGCCAUCUCCGUUGCAAGAAAAGCAUACCACUCAGGGGAAGGUAUCCAUCUUGAAGAAGCCCUUGGCCUUGCAAAAGACUCCAACUGAGAAGGAGUCACUUUUAAUGGACCCUUUGGUUUUUAAGAAGAGUACCAUUGAGCAGGCAACUGACACCAAGAAGCUAGUAUCUUUAAAGAAGAAAUGUACUACUCAAAGUAAGAUGUCCUGCUUGAAGAAGCCAUUAGUAUUACAGACCAUUUCUGAAGAGAAGGCACUCAUUAAGAAAAUAUUGCCCUUUAAAAAGGAGCUUACCACUGAGGAGGAAUCCCUCUUCAAGGAAUCAUCUGUGUUGCAAGAGAAGCACACCACUCAGAGGGAGGUGGCCUUCUUGAAGAAGUCAUGGGCAUUGCAAGAGAAUAGUCACAGUAAAGAUGAAUUUUUUAUGGAGCCAUUUUCCUUUAGGAAGAAACAUACCACAAAUGAGGCAGUCUCUACCAAGGAGCCAUUAUCUUUAAAGAAAAAGUACGCCAUUCAAAUGAUGAUGCCCAUCUGCCGAGAACUGGUAGACUUGCAGAAUAUGAUUGGCAAGAAUAAAGAUUCCUUUUCAACGGAGCUGGUGUCAUUUAGGGAGAAGUCUUUAACUGGGGAGGCAGUCCAUGCUAAGACAUCAUUAUCUUUAAAGAAGAAGCAAAUCACUCAGGGGAAGAUGUUAGUCUUAAAGAGGACUACCUCUGAAGAUGAGUCACUCUUUAAGAAGCUGUUGCCCUUUGAGCAAAAGCCUACAACUGAUGAGGAGUUCCUCUUCCAGGAUCCAUCUGUAUUGAAAAGGAAGCACACCACUCGGCAGGAGUUAUCCCUCGCAAAGAAAUCAUUAGCCUUUCAGGAAAAGACCACCAUUGAUGAGGAAUCAUAUGUUAAGGAACAAAUGGAGGAGAAGCCUACCACUGAGGGGGGAUUCCUCUUUCAGGAGCCAUUUUCAUUGCAUGUUAAACCUACCAACAAAGAUGAGUUGCUUUUCUGGAAGUCCUUGAACUUGCAGAAUGAGAUUAAUACUAAAGAGAAGUCCUUGAAGAAGCUGUUGACUUUGCAAGAGAAAAGCACCACUGAAGAGGAAUCUCUUUUCAAGAAACCAUUGGUUCUGAAGAAGAAACUCUCCACUGAGGCAACAACAAGCAUAGAGAGCCAAUCAUCUUUAAAGAAGAAGCCUACUGUUCAAGGAGAGGUAUUCUUCUUUAAUGAGCAGUUGGCUUUGCAAAAAAACACCACCGAUGAGAAGGAGUCCCUUAUUAAGCAGCCACUGACCUUGCAGGAGAAUCCCAACAGUGAGAAAGAGGCUCUCUUCAAGGAGCCAUUAGCCUUUCAGGGGCAGUUUACCAUCAGUGAGGCAUUCCAUUUCAAGGAGAUAUUCUCCCUGAAUGAGAAACCAACCACUGGGCAGGAGUUGUCCCAUGAGAAGCCGUUGGCCUUGCAAGAGGUCCUCACCCACAAGGAAGACACUUUUCUUAAAGAUUUCUCGAUCCUACAAGUUGAGAACAGCCCACAUAUGUUCAACACUACCACUGAAUCCAGAACAGGCAUGUCCAGCACUGCUACCAUGUCCAGUGUGAGCAAGUUUAGUACCACAAGCAAGUCCAAUGCUUGUGAGUUCAUUUCCAAUAGACCUUUCUCAUCUUGGGACAAAAGAUCACAGAAUGAGCAGAUAACCCCACUGGAAUGGAUUGACAACAACCACAGUAAUCCACUUUUCAACUCAACAUAUGCCAAGGAUAUCUUCAGUUACAUGAAGGAGAGAGAGGAACAUUUCAUACUUGAAAAAUACAUGAACAGGCAGACUGAUAUCAGCAGUGACAUGAGGGUCAUUCUUGUGGACUGGUUGGUGGAGGUGCAGAUGACUUUUGAGGUGAGUCACGAGACCCUCUACUUGGCAGUGAAGCUGGUGGAUCACUACCUUAUGAAGGUAAUAUGCAAGAGGGACAAGCUGCAACUCCUCGGUUCCACUGCUUUUCUGAUUGCAGCAAAAUUUGAGGAACCCUACCCACCUUGUCUGGAUGAGUUCCUGUACAUCUGUGAUGAUAUGUAUCAACGAGAUGAGAUGCUUGCCAUGGAAAUCAGCAUCCUACAGACCCUCAAAUUUGAUAUCAACAUUCCCACCGCCUAUCAUUUUCUGCGUAGAUAUGCUAUGUGUAUCCAUGCCAGCAUGAAGACACUGACCUUGUCCCGCUUCAUCUGUGAGAUGACCCUGCUGGAAUACGACUAUAUCCAAGAGAGAGCUUCCAAGCUAGCUGCUGGCUCCUUCCUCCUGGCCCUCUACAUGCAGAAGCUUGGACACUGGGCUCCUACCCUGGAGUAUUACAGUGGCUACAAGACCUCUGAUAUUCACCCUUUGGUCAAGCAGCUGAACAUCCUGCUGACUUUGCGUUCUUGCGAUAGGUUCAAGACUGUGCUUUCCAAGUAUUCUCAUGAGGUCUUCUUUGAAGUCACCAGAAUCCCCCCCUUGGACAUGCUGAAGCUGGAGGAGAUUUUGAACUCUUGCUAAUUCUGAGACUGAGGGUUUGGAACUCUGGCAGCAGCUACCAGGGCCAGGCAGACAUGUAAAUAGUCUGUAUUUAUUCUGUCCUUGAAUUUGUCUUUUGAUCACUUUUGAUCACUUUUCAUCAUUUCUGCUUUCUUUGUUUGAUUUUUCUCAAACUGUUAGUGUCAUAAUUAUUUAAGUUUUUUUUAUGAAA